AUGGCUGCUUCAGACACCAACCCUGCAAAGCAAUCCCGCGGUUUCGCUUCGAAAGCACUGGAAUGUGGAGAGCUAGAUGACUACCUGUCCGCGUUGCUACUUCCCCAGUUCCUGCAAACCUUCAAGUACAUUCCAUUCUCGAUUCCAAAAUCUGAUAUCAAGAGAAUACUGUCGUUUCUCACCUUCUCCCUCUCUGUGAAGAGUGCUGAAAAUACACCUGCAUGCAAAGCUCUGGGGUUGAAACUUACUACAAUAAGAAGUUCACCUACCACUUCUCUACUCGUUUAUGCAAUUAUGAAACUAUUGAUGCCACAUAUCAGGCGAUUGGUAGAAGAGAAAUGUAACGCGUACAGAACAGCAUCAACUGCAACUCCAGACGCAAAGAGUUCAUCUACUGAAGCCUUGGCGCUGGACCGACAAUACAAAGCUUUGAAGACUUGUUUGGGAGUAUUUGACAAGACAAUCCCUAUCCUUCGACUAUUCUUGGUACUCAAAUGCUGGACAAGAAUACGAAAUGACGCUUCUGUCAUUCCUGACCUUGAAAAGUGGUUGUCUGGCUUCCGAUAUGAACCAGUUUCCUCGCCUACAAUGCCCUUGAUUUCGAAAGGCGAAUCGAUUCAUGUGCUGUUUGCGCAUCGAAGGUGGGUGCAAAGGUGGCUCCAGACUUGUGUUCCAAUCCUGGCGAUUCCAUUGCUCCGAUCCGCCAGCGAGAGCCGAGAGCUGUUGCUGAGCUGGAAGGAGGAACUGCAACGCCGCUUCGUACUUCCGCUAUGGAAUUCCAUAUCAGCCAACUCGAGCUUCAAGAGCCGGUGUCCAAUGUGUCACACUGAGACUAUAACAAUUCCAGUUGAGGCGAAUUGUGGUCACGUGUACUGUUACACAUGUCUUUGGACACAUCUUCGGGAAGAAGAUAGGCAGCACUGCAAGGCUUGUUCAAAAGCAAUUACAUCAUGUCACCCAUUUCGAAUAGACUAG